GCGAUUCGUGUCCAAUUGAGCGAAAGCGCGGAGAUAAGGAAGCGCAAGAGCCUGGAAAUGGUCGAAGCAACAUCGCAAACGAAGAGUGACAAUAUAAACGCAGACGGCAACCAUCACGAGACGCGCGAUUACUCUCUUUGGACGAGUUUACAGAUGAGCAAAAUUUGGUCGCAAGUGCACGACGCGUGCAAGAACGUCGUAAAGCUCGCUGCUACGAGCGUCGGCCAUGUUGUGAAGGAUGCACCUAAAUCGGAACGUUCACAGAGAAAUCCCGUCGAAGUGGUUGACGCGACGCUCGUCGAGAGCACGUUCUCGUGCGCCGGCAAAAUAUGCGGUGAAACGUGUCGUAAAAAUUUAAUGCGCUCGAAGAGCGAGGAAAAAAUGAAGGCACGUCAAGAACGUACAAUCGGGGACGUGGGAAAAUAUCACGGGGAUACAGAAGCACUGAUGCGGAAAAACUUGCGGACCAUUGCACCUACCCGCCACGAUAUGCAGAAGCACGCGUAUCAAAGCGCCAAAAAAGAGGAGAGCGGAGAAUCUUGUGUGAAUUACAGCGGUACGAUUAAUAGUGAUCAAUCCUCCACGCAUCUACCUGUUGCAUUGACAGAGUCAUCGAAACUUACAUUCAACAAAUAACACGCACGUAUUUGAGUCAACUUAGAAAAUAUAUGUAACGUUUUUUUUUUUUGAAGAAAAUAUUACUUUUUUAUACAAACGAUAACGCAACAACGAAACAUUCGUUUUUUUGUUUUAUCUUUCACUGCUUUUCAAUUUUGUCGGGUUUUCGAUUUUUUUCCGUCGUCUCUUUGUAUCUGCAUCUCUCCGAAUAUAUGAACCAUAAAU